AUGCGAAAUCAAUGGGAAAAGAAUUUUGGUUAAUUUAAGUAGCUUAUUUGUGUUAAAUAUUGUAUUCAACUCAUUAAAUUAAUUUAUAAAUAAAUAAAUACUUUUAUUUUUAAAUAUUUUAUUCUAAAUUUUAUUUUAUUUUAAUAAAUAGGUGACUCAUCAACAAUCAUGGAAAAUAACUCAAUUAAUUUUUUGCCAAAUAAGCUGCAGUUUAUAGAUUAUACGGAUACUUUCAUUAACACAUUUUAUAGAAACAUUACUUUCUAAGAUUACCCUGGAAUUCCUUAACUUUAAUUUAGCUAUAAUCACAUAGAAAACAGCUGUAACUCUAUAAAUAUAACUCUUUAUAAUAUUUAAAACGAUGCAGGAAGAAAAUUUAUGAGUCUAAAUUGGACUUUAAAUCAAAUUGUAGGCUCGAUAAGCAUCUAGUAGUAAGAAAGCAUAAAAGAGAUAUUAUAAAAAGCAAGCUUAAACAAAAACACUAGUUUAAUUAUAGAUCCUAAAUUCUUACCACCAAAUAUUAACAUAACAAUAUAAUUUAGUUAUUUACUGAAGGUUAACUAAACUGGUACUUAAACGUUCACUGUUAUUUAUCAAAAAUAAAAAUUUAUAAGAGUCAACUAUUAGCAAUCUUUGUAUCCACCAAUUUAUAGAUCUAUGAGCUUAACUUUCUACUUUUAAUUUUACGUAGAGAUAUGUGAGUUAGGUCAAACAACUUUUUUUAAUGAGCCUGUUGAUUUACAAAUUGUUUCUAACCAGCUUUAAAAGUAAAGCCUAAGUCAAUACAAUUAAUCAAGCUUUCAAUAUGAUAUUCUCCCUUACUCCUUAGCAUCUAAUUAAACCUUUAAUAUGAGUUUGAUUUUGAAUUUGAGUUCAGAUAGUAAGAUUGUUGCCAUCUAAAAUAUCACUGUUAAUAUUUAAAUUACAGAUUUGUAUUUGCAAAUUAUUGGAGGCUCAAGUCUUAAUUUAGGCUAUUAAAAUAAAAUGGUCUUAAAUACAGAUUCAAGGGAUUAUGAAAUUCAAGAUCCAAAUUCUGCUUCAAAUAUAAGCUUUAGUUGGAAGUGUAAUAGCCUAUCCUCUAACGACCAUAUCUGCUAUGAUUACUAGAAUAAUUAGAUUUAAUUGCAACAAGGAGUCAGUAGUAUUACUUUUCCUGCUAAAACGUUUUAACCAUACACUAUAGUUUAGUUUACAGUUAUUGGAUAAAAAGAUUCUAGGCAAUCAAAUUUCACCACAACUUGUAUAUUUACAGAAUUAGAUAUUCCUCCACUAAAUAUUAUUUAAACAGCAACAAGUUAAAACAGAAAAAUUAAUUUGAAUGAUGAUCUUAAUUUUUAAAUAAAUUAUGGUGAGAAUGUUUCAUCUGAUUACUUGUCUUAUGCAGGAGCUAUAUUAUAUGAUAAUAAUCCAGUUGCAGCAAUCAAAUUUGAUUAUUUCUAAAUUAGAUUCAGAAUAUGGAACUAUUUUUAAAAAAUAAAUCCCUCAAAGCCAACACUUUAAAUAAGAUUUUCUCAUUUAAAUUAAUAUUCCGCCUCAGAAUUGCGUUUUAAGUAUUAAUCCCUUAUAAGGAAUAGCGCUUGA